CGCACACGCCCCGCGGACGCGUCGCGACGCGCUCUUAUACAUCUUCUCGGCGCAACGUCUGUGCUAGGCAUUAACCUUCACGAUCGGAGAUCGGUUUGUGGCGGCGGGCGUGUUUGUUAAGUGCUGAAGCUUCCUGACGACUCAAGAGGAGUUGGCAAACUCUAGAUCAAGGCGUGCGUGUGGAGUCAUGUUGGCGAUGCGCGUGGCUGCGGCGGGCGCGCUGCAGCUGCUAUGUGCGCCCUUCGCCCUGGGGCUCUUCGGAGGGGAAACCUUCCCCUCCUCCCCCUCCAACGGCAGCAACCGCCUCUUCAGCUUCAGCAAGAAACGCACGCGCCUACGGGUGGAGCUGACGUUCGCCAUCCCGUUCGUGUCCAUCCCCAUCGGCGGGCGCCGGCGGCCGGACGACGCGCUGGUGGACGUGAACCUGGGCGCUCUGGGCGCGGGCGCCGUCUUCUCGCUCGCCGCGCUGCUCUUCAUCCCGCAGAUCUUCGACGGCCUCCACCCGGAGAUCAACUUCGGCAGAGAGGAGGAGCGCCAGCGGGGCCUGCGAGGGCUCUGGGGCCGCGUCGACGCCGGCGCCUGCGCCCAGCGCGCGCUCUGCUCUCUGGUGGCCGAGGCGCGAGACGGCGUGCGCGGGGGCAACGACAACUCCGUCCACAAGAUCGUCGACGGGGUCACCAGCAACGCGUGGCUGGUCGGGGCGCUGCAGGGCACUGCCGUGAGCGGGGCCAUCGACCAGGGGCGAAUGGGCGCCAACUGUUCCCGGCUGUACGACGCCUGCCUCUUGCCCGAGGGCGGGCUGCAGGGGGCGUUGGAUGAGCUUUCCAAUUUGGUAAGAAGAUGACAAGUAAUGAAACUAACCCAAGCAAGUUUAACGGAGAAGCUCUAACAUUUCAAGAAGUUCCUCAGUGACCACUUAUUGAAGACUCGUUCAAUGGUUCCAAUAAAACACUGACCUCUAGUAGCGAGGUAUAUUGUAGAGGAAAUUGAUCUUCGGAUCUUUUGAAUAGUGCAUGUUUUAAUGCAUAGGAAACUACUCAACUAUUGAAUACGUAACAUAACAAGAUUACAUAUUUUUACAGAUCUACUGCCAAAUUAGUGAAAUCUUAAUAUGUCUGCAUUAUUUCAGGGUGUAUUAAGAAGUUAGUAAAGUAAAUAAAUAUUGCUAGCUUGACCAUCAAUGUGAGUGUUUUACUUCGGG